GGGAUCCGCGCCCCGCCCCGGGGCGGAGCUAGCCCGACCCCCGCGCCCCCGGCGGCCCAGUCCCGCGCCGCAUCAGCGUCUGUCGGUCCGCGCGUCCGCGCCGCGGUAGGGGCUCAGGGGCCGCCCGGGGAGCGUCGGUCCCCGGCCGCGUAGACGCGGCCCCGCCCCGGGUAUGAAAUCCCGCAGGGACAAGCUGCGCAUCCCCUCGCUGACCCUCGAUCUGUCUCCAAGCAGCCAGAGCCCGUCCCUGCUGAGUCCCAGCAGCCCCUGCAGCCCCUGCAGCCCCUCGCUGGGCCUGCGCCCCUGGAGCUGCCGCAGCGGGAACCGCAAGAGCCUGGCAGUGGGCACGCCCUCGCCGACACUCUCCCGGCCCCUGUCGCCGCUGUCGGUGCCAACGGCAGGCAGCAGCCCCCUGGACAGUCCGCGCAACUUUGCCGCCGCGUCUGCUCUCAACUUCCCCUUUGCCCGGAGGGCUGACGGCAGAAGAUGGUCCCUCGCAUCCCUCCCGUCGUCCGGCUAUGGAACCAAUACGCCCAGCUCCACCGUCUCGGUACCUUGGCAGGAUGGACAGUCGAGCUCGUCCUCCCGGGAACACCUCCACCAGCUGCCCUUCCAGCCCACACCGGACGAGCUGCGCUUCUUGUCCAAGCACUUCCGCAGCUCCGAGAGCGUGGCCGACGAGGAGGGUGGCCACCGCUCGCCUCGCCUGCACCCCCGUUCCCGCAGCCUCAGCCCGGGACGCACAUCAGGGAACUUCGACAACGAGAUCGUCAUGAUGAAUCACGUGUACCGGGAGAGGUUCCCCAAGGCCACGGCGCAGAUGGAGGGCCGCCUGCAGGAGUUCCUGGCUGCCUUCACACCUGGCGACCGGCUGGCGCUGGCCGAUGGCGUCCUGGGGUUCAUCCACCACCAGAUCGUGGAGCUUGCCCGCGACUGCCUGGCCAAGUCCGGGGAGGCACUCGUCACCUCCCGCUACUUCCUGGAGAUGCAGGAGAAGCUGGAGCGGCUGCUGCAAGAUGCCCACGAGCGCUCGGACAGCGAGGAGGUGGGCUUUGUCGUCCAGCUGGUCCGCAAGCUCUUGAUCAUCAUCUCCCGGCCGGCGCGGCUGCUUGAGUGUCUGGAGUUUGACCCCGAGGAGUUUUACCACCUGCUGGAGGCGGCCGAGGGCCAGGCCCGCGAGGGCCAGGGUAUCAAGACAGACCUGCCACGGUACAUCAUCGGGCAGCUGGGACUGGCCAAGGACCCGCUGGAGGAGAUGGUAACACUGAGUCACUUUGAUGGAGGACAGGCCCCUGCACCCCAGUCCCCAGAGAGCCGGUCCCUAGUCGGCCCUUCACGGAGGAAGCCAUGCGAGAGUGACUUCGAGACUAUCAAGCUCAUCAGCAACGGGGCCUACGGGGCCGUCUACCUGGUGCGGCACCGGGACACGCGGCAGCGCUUCGCCAUCAAGAAGAUCAACAAGCAGAACCUGAUGCUGCGCAACCAGGUGCAGCAGGUGUUCGUGGAGCGCGACAUCCUCACCUUCGCCGAGAACCCCUUCGUGGUCGGCAUGUUCUGCUCCUUCGAGACGCGCCGCCACCUCUGCAUGGUCAUGGAGUACGUGGAAGGCGGCGACUGCGCCACGCUGCUGAAGAACAUGGGCCCGCUGCCCGUGGACAUGGCCCGCAUGUACUUCGCCGAGACGGUGCUGGCGCUCGAGUACCUGCACAGCUACGGCAUCGUGCACCGCGACCUCAAGCCCGACAACCUGCUCAUCACCUCGCUGGGCCACAUCAAGCUGACUGACUUCGGCCUGUCCAAGAUUGGGCUUAUGAACAUGGCCACCAACCUCUACGAGGGCCACAUCGAGAAGGAUGCCCGGGAGUUUGUGGACAAGCAGGUGUGCGGGACGCCCGAGUACAUCGCGCCGGAGGUGAUCUUCCGCCAGGGCUACGGAAAGCCAGUGGACUGGUGGGCCAUGGGCGUGGUGCUCUACGAGUUCCUUGUGGGCUGCGUGCCCUUUUUUGGGGACACACCGGAGGAGCUCUUCGGGCAGGUGGUCAGCGAUGAAAUCAUGUGGCCAGAGGGAGACGAGGCCCUUCCAGGAGACGCCCAGGACCUCAUCUACAGGCUGCUCCGGCAGAGCCCGCUAGACCGUCUGGGGACCGGCGGCACCCACGAGGUGAAGCAGCACCCCUUCUUCCGAGCACUGGACUGGACGGGGCUUCUGCGCCACAAGGCUGAGUUUGUGCCGCAGCUGGAGGCCGAGGACGAUACCAGCUACUUCGACACCCGCUCUGAACGCUAUCGCCACCUGGGCUCCGAAGACGACGAGACCAACGACGAGGAGUCGUCCACCGAGAUCCCCCAGUUCUCGUCCUGCUCCCACCGCUUCAGCAAGGUCUAUAGCAGCUCUGAGUUCCUGGCUGUCCAAGCGACCCCAACUUUGGCUGAAAAGAGCUUCAGCGAGGCCUGGGAGGAGGGGUGGGAGCGCAGUAGCGAGAGAGAGAACAGCCGCCAGCCAAACACCGAGGUCCGGUACUCGGGAGUGCAAGCAGAUCCAGCUUCUGAGACUGCUGGGAGACUGCGGUCCUGGACAUCCUCUGGUUCUUCCUGCCAUUCGUCCUCAUCCCAGCCUGAGCAGGGCCCAAGCCCCUCUCUCCCGAACACCAUCAGCCUGGACACGAUGCCCAAAUUCGCCUUCUCAUCAGAGGAUGAGGGGGCAGGCCCAGCCCCUGCAGCUCCUGAGAGGCCUGUCUUCAUUCUGGGGGAGACUGACCUACCCCCAGUGGCCACCCCAGUGAUGCCCAAAACUUCAGGCCUUUCUGCCGAUACCGCCGCGCUCAGCCACUCGCGCCUGCGCAGUAACAGCACCGGCGCUCGCCACUCCACGCCGCGGGCGCUGGACCUGGGGCGGGGCCGCCGCCUUGGGGGCUCGAAGGAUCCCGCCCCGGAGAAGCCCCGCGUGUCCCCGGGCCGCGGGCGGCGCGUCCCCAAAUCGGCCUCGGUCUCGGCCCUGUCGCUUAUUGUCACCGCAGACGACGGCAGCAGCGGUGGCCCCCUCGUGAGCCCCCUGUCCCCUCGCUCGCUGUCCUCCAACCCGUCCUCCCGCGACUCCUCGCCCAGCCGCGACCCGUCCCCCGUGUGUGGCAGCCCGCGGCCCCCCAUCGUCAUCCACAGCUCGGGCAAAAAGUACGGCUUCAGUCUGCGCGCGGUCCGCGUCUACAUGGGCGACAGCGACGUCUACACCGUGCACCACGUGGUCUGGAGCGUGGAGGAGGGGAGCCCCGCCCAUGAGGCGGGUCUGCGAGCCGGGGACCUCAUCACCCACGUCAACGGGGAGUCAGUGCUGGGGCUGGUGCACAUGGACGUGGUGGAGCUGCUGCUGAAGAGCCGCAACAAGAUCGCGCUGCGCACCACGGCGCUGGAGAACACGUCCAUCAAGGUGGGCCCCGCCCGCAAGAACGUGGCCAAGGGCCGCAUGGCGCGCCGGAGCAAGCGGAGCCGCCGGCGGGAGACCCAGGACAGGCGCAAGUCGCUCUUCCGGAAGAUCUCCAAGCAGUCAUCCGUGCUGCACACCAGCCGCAGCUUCUCAUCGGGCCUCCACCACUCGCUCUCCUCCAGUGAGAGCCUCCCCGGCUCCCCCACCCACAGCCUGUCCCCCAGCCCCACCACGCCCUGCCGCAGCCCGGCCCCCGACGCCCCGGCAGACCCCGCGUCCCCACCCAGCGUGUCCCCGAGCUCCAGCAGCCCCGCCUCUCCGGCCACCGCUGCCCACACGCGCCCCAGCUCCCUGCACGGCCUGGCCGCCAAGCUGGGGCCGCCCCGCGUCAAGGGCGGCCGCCGCAAGUCCACCAGCAGCAUCCCGCCCUCCCCGCUGGCCUGCUCCCCGGGGCCCGCGCCGCCGCCCCGCUCGCCCUCGCCGCUGCCGGGCCAUUCGCCCGCUGGCGCCCGCUCCCCGCGCCUGCGCCGGGGCCAGUCUGCCGACAAGCUGGGCACGGGCGAGCGGCUGGACGGGGAGCCGGGGCGCCGUGGCCGCGGGCCGGACGCCGAGCUGGUGGUCAUGAGGCGGCUGCACCUGUCCGAGCGCCGGGACUCCUUCAAGAAGCAGGAGGCGGUGCAGGAGGUGAGCUUCGACGAGGACGCCGCGGGCCCGCCCGGUCUGGUGCCGCGCAUUGCGGUGGAGGGGGCCGAGGCGCUGCCCGGAGCCCCUGGGCCCGCGGGGAAGGACUGACCUGGCCACCCGUGGCCUCGAGGCCUGGGGGCCUCACUUCUUCUGUGCAAUGGUUUGGUUUUCCCCUAAUCGACGCCCCGGACGCCCGGAAGGCGGAAAGCCGUCUGCGUCCGCGCCGGGAGAUGGCAACGCAGCCUCGUGUGCAAGGCGAUGGGGGCGUCGGAGCGGGGUGGGGUGGCGUUGUAAAUAGCAGCAGAUCUCCCCCUGCGAUUAAUUUAUUACUUUUUAUAAGCGACGGCCCGGCAGCACCGCCCCCACCCCGCGCCCCCUCGCGGCUCUCCUGGCCACACCCCCCACACCUGGGGCCCCGGUGGCAGGCUCCUCCCCCUUGGGCUGAGAUGGAAGCACUUUGGACAAGUCUCUCUUGUGUGUUUUCUGUAUUUAAGAUUUUUGUGUCUCCCUGACCCCAUCCCAGUCUUGCCCGAUUCCCACGGAUUUGAGGGGACAGCCCACCUGCCUGGGCCCAGUUUGGGUAGGAUGUGGAGGGUGCACAGCAAGUCUCCCCGCCCCAGAAAACAACAACCUGGACUCCGGACUGGGAGGCCCAAGGCCACUCCCACCGGCUCAGCUGCCCUCCUGGCCCCCUGGAAUCUGCCUCCAAUCCUGCAGGCUUCAGCAGCCAGGACCCUCCAGUCCACUGAGGGACACUGAAGCCACAUGUUUAGGGCCCCCCAGGGAGAGCCCUGAUGCUAGACAUGGGAUUUCCCUCCAUAUUGGGGUGUGGGGGGUGCAGAUAAGAAGUUUGAGAACCAGAACACAGGGUGGAGGCCCAAAUUUGAGUUCUGUCUUUGCUGUGUGUCCCUGGGGAAACAGCUGCCCCGCUUUGUGCCUCAGUUUCCUUGUGUUUACAAGAGUAAUUCCAACGACUGCUUACUAAGCACCUGCUAUGUGCCAAGAGCUUUUACUCGUGGCUUCUCGCUUGCUCAGCCAGCCUUGAGAGGGCCAGAGGGGGUGUGUUUUAACAAAGACCCAGCGAGUCGUGACAGAAGGGAGCAUCAGCAAGGCAGACCCUAUCAUGGGUCGUGGAGGGGCCUGAAUGAAGAGUCAGGAAGAAGCACUUGGCACUUCAGAGCCUCCAUUUCCCCAUUCUGAAGCAGCUGGCAGGAUGGCUCAGUCCCACUUGGCAAGGGCACACUCUGUCCCUCCUUGAGACCCCUGUCCAGUGCUGCCUGAGGCUGUGCAUGACUUGCCCCACUUCUAUCCCAAAGCUGGCAGUGAAUAAAAGCCCAUAUUUACUAA